UUUAUGUCGGAUACCCAACCAGCUCACCACACUAAACACUUGCCUGUCCUUGCGUACCCGUUUAAUAACGCUGUAUUCCAUCUUGUCCAGCGAGAUGACGGUACGAGCAACGGAACGGCCCUGUGGCUUGGUGCCCAAGUCCUUUCCAUCUACCUUUCUGCCGAAUUCAAGGGCAAAUCCAGGAAGACCAUUGCAACUGGAACAGAUAAUAAUUCAUCAGUUCUGUGCGAUACAGCACGCACCAAGGCCGUAGAAUUAGGCAGCGGUAUUGGACUCAUGGCUCUGGCGCUCGCGUCUCUGGGAUAUGAUGUCCUUGCUACCGAUACCAUGCACGUAUGCGCGUCUGUUCUGCGUGCCAACAUAAAUGCCAAUGCGCAUCUCGUUCCUAAGCGUGUCUAUGUGCGCGAGCUGGACUGGGGUGUCAACCCUACAGGAUGGAUAUGGGACGAUCCUGUAUCGGUCACAUCACCAGCACCUGUUCCGAGAAGGGACGAUGAUGGCCGCGAUUUCCUCGCCCCGCCCUUCGAUCUAAUUGUGUCGAGCGAUACGAUCUAUGAUACGGCACUUGUUGCUCCUCUAUUCGAGACAAUUCAUGCCCUUUCUGCCCUUUCAUAUGGUCCCGCUCACUCCCCGCCAUCGUCACUUUCCGGUACUGAAGUGUCUCCUGCACUCCCUUCCAUAUCCCCUGGAACUCCAACCUGCAAGCCUCCUGUCAUCUACCUUGCCGUUGAGAGGCGCGACCCCACGCUCAUCACAGCCGCAUUAAGGCGUGCUGGUGAGGAGUGGGGACUUUUGUUCCAGCGCGUCCCAGAGAAGAGGCUCAGGCGCGCAGGUGUAGGUGUAGGAUGGGACGCUGGGGAGUGGGAAGGUGUGGAGGUGUGGCGUGGAAGGUGGGAUGGGGUCACCGGGGCUGUCAAGUAAAGUCAUCUUGCGUGCUAGAUGAAAAAUAUAAUAUAGACGCAGAAACCUCAGGCGUUGGAAUUGGUUGUCAUCCAGAUGAUGCCACUUCUGUAGUACCUUUGGUAUUAAAGGCUCUCUUACUCAGUU